AUGGGAUCUUUGGCUGAAACACAGAUCACUCCGGCUAAAAUCUCGGACGAAGAGGCCAACCUCUUUGCCAUGCAGCUCGCUGGUGCCACCGUGCUUCCUAUGGUUCUGACAUCUGCCUUAGAGCUUGACCUGCUCGAGAUCAUAUCCAAGAACGUCGAUUACGCCGGCGGUCAACUGUCGGCGUCGGAGAUAGCGUCCCAUCUUCAGACCAAGAACCCUGGUGCUCCAGUCAUGGUCGACAGAAUCCUCAGGUUGCUUGCGGCUUACUCCAUCUUGACUUGCUCUGUACAACGAGAUGGAGUCUCACUCGCUGCACUCUGUCAUUUGAACAGAGACAGGGUCUUCAUGGAGAGCUGGUACCAUUUGAAAGAUGCAGUUCUUGAAGGCGGGAUUCCAUUCAACAUGGCAUUUGGUAUGGACGCUUUCGAGUACCAAGGGUCCGACCCAAGAUUUAACAAAGUGUUUAACAAUGGAAUGUCGAACCACACGACCAUCGUCAUGACCAAGAUUCUAGAGACCUACAAGGGCUUUGAGGGAUUGACUUCGUUGGUAGAUGUUGGUGGUGGCAUUGGAGUCACUCUCCGUAUGAUUGUCUCCAAGCAUCCACACAUCAAGGGCAUCCUUUAUGAUCUCUCUCAUGUCAUUCAGGAAGCUGUAUCCUAUCCAGGUAUUGAACAUGUUGGGGGAGAUAUGUUUGUCAAUGUCCCUAAAGCGGAUGCCAUCUUCAUGAAGUGGAUAUGUCACGAUUGGAGCGACCAACACUGUUUGAAGUUCCUGAAGAACUGCUAUGAAGCACUCCCAGACAACGGGAAGAUGAUAGUAGCGGAAUCUAUACUUCCGGUGGUGCCAGACUCAAGCCUCCUGACAAAAGAAGUUGUCCACAUGGACUGCCUCAUGUUGGCUCACAACCCCGGGGGCAAAGAGCGGACCGAGAAGGAGUUUGAGGCCUUGGCCAAAGGUUCUGGCUUCCAAGGGUUCCAAGUUGUUUGCAGAGCCUAUGGGACUCACAUCAUGGAAUUCCUCAAGAAGAUAUGA